GUGUCUCAUCUUUGGGAUGGGAACGGACCACGACGCUAAUAGGGGCGUACCUGAAAGAUCUAGUUGGAAUAAACCCCUGGAAUUUGUGCUAUCAUGUCUGUGUUAUGCAGUGGGAUUAGGGAACGUCUGGAGAUUCCCAUAUCUUUGUUACAGGAAUGGUGGAGGAGCAUUCCUCUUGGCAUAUCUGAUCAUGCUAGUUCUUAUGGGAAUGCCUAUAUUCCUUCUAGAGCUGGUAGUCGGACAGUACUCUGGAUUGGGUCCUGAUCAAGCAUUUAAAAAUAUGGCGCCUUUAUUCAGUGGUUUAGGGUACUGCAAUAUAGUUGUCAUAACUCUUGUUACAAUUUAUUACAUGGUGAUAAUAGCAUGGACAGUGUUCUACUUUUUCGCUUCUUUUACGUCAGAUCUGGGAUAUGGACACUGCCACAACGAUUUUAAUACAAAGGGUUGUUUCAGCGCUACAGAAGAUGCAAAAUGUGCAAUAACUGAAACUUACUUUAACCGCACCUGUAUGGACGUGAACACACUUUGCCAGCAUUUUAAUUUUACAGGUGCGUUUAAUAGAACGUACUGUAAUGAUGGAAAUGGAAAUGCAGUACACGUAAGUCACGUUGUAAAUCGGACUUUAGCCACUGCCGAAUAUUUUCGAGACUAUGUACUUGGUAUAGGCGACGCCGAUUGGUAUAAUUUCGGUGGCAUUCGUUGGGAACUUGUUGGAUGCUUGUUGCUCUCUUGGAUUAUAGGGUAUCUCUGCGUGAUUAAGGGAGUAAAGACCUCAGGAAAAGCUGUCUAUUUCACAUCACUUUUUCCCUAUGUCAUACUUACAGCUUUAGUUGUACAAGGAUGUAUUUUAGAAGGCGCGAUUGAUGGUAUUCGCCUUUACAUCAUUCCGCAAUGGGAAAUGCUACUUGAAAUCGAUGUAUGGGCCCAAGCAGCAUCGCAAACAUUCUAUUCUUUUGGGAUUAGUUGUGGAUCUCUGAUAACGUUGGCUUCUUAUAACGAUUUUCAUAAUAACUGUAUCACAGAUGUACUCAUAGUAAGUUUUGCCAACGCCUUCACAUCAGUUUAUGCGGGUUUUGCGAUAUUCGGCAUGCUUGGAUAUUUAGCCAAUCAAAUGGAUAUACCUGUAGCAGAAGUCGCGUCAGAUGGUCCUGGCUUAGCAUUUGUCGCAUAUCCAGAAGCUAUUUUAAGACUGCCUGCCCCAACUGUUUGGUCCCUUCUCUUUUUCUUUAUGCUCUUCAUUCUUGGACUCGGCUGCCAAUUUGCUGGAGUUGAAGCCAUAAGCUGUCUAAUUUUGGACAAAUGGCCGCAACUGAGGCAGAAACAGAUAUAUGUGACGCUUGGAAUAUGUGUAAGCUGUUUUGUAUUAGCUAUACCAAUGUGUUUUAGUGGGGGUAUUUAUAUUUUUACCUUAAUGGAAUGGAACACAGCGUCAUGGGCUAUUAUGUUAAUUGGAUUUUGCGAGGCAAUUAUAGUUUCUUGGGUCUACGGCUGUAAUAAAUUUUUGGAUAAUAUGGCUGACAUGAAAAUGAAUCUGUCAAAAUUCUUCAGAUAUUACUGGUGGACGUCUUGGAUGAUCAUAACACCAUUAACGUUAUUGGGUAUAUUUGCCUUUCAAAUGUCAAACUUUUCACGGACAUAUUACGAGGACUAUAGGUUUCCUCUUUGGGCGGAUUCCAUUGGAUGGAUGAUUGGUAUAUCGACAUUGGCACCAUUGCUCAUUUUUGGAAUUUGGACGCUGUGGAAGGGGAAAUAUAGAGGUUGGUCGUUGUUGAAGCCAACACUGAAAUGGAAGCCACAAUCUGGAGUUACUGAUAGUAGAUUGAGUUUAGCAAAAGUUGGAACUUCGAGAGAGUCCAUAACUACGUUAGAGAAAGCACAGGGCUAAUCAUAAUUGUAUUUUUUAUUUAUUUGUAAAUUAUAAAUUUUUAGUUUUAUAAAGAUUAGUUAUUGCGAUACUAACUGAAUCAAUUUUAAAACAUUAGUCCAUUUUUUUUGGUAAAAUAACUAACUUUAGCUAUCGUACACAAAUAACCCAAAAAAUGUAUAGGAUACUCCAUUUAAAGUAAGCUAGACGACAUUUACUUUUAACAUAACCGGAAGUCAAGAAGUGUCAAAUAAUUUUAGAUAGACAAAUUAUAUAUGGUUUGGUAUACCGAAUGGACCAUUUUGAUGCAUGUACUGAGAUCUCGGAAACUAUAGCAGAUUGAAAAAUAUUUAAAUAAAAUAAUUAAUUGUGUUACUAACUUAAUGGAAACUAGCUUCAGCUGUUGGGUUUUCUAGAAAUUUUGAAAAAAGAAACUUAAUUCGUAAAAACAGUUUGCAAAUAAUAUCCCUGUGAACUUAGAUCUUUGUUUCAAUGUUGUGCUUCCGAGAAGUCAUCAGUUCCUUACAAUUUUUCAUUUGUGAAAUUCUCUGCCAAAAGUUACUGUAAUAAUGUUUUCAUAGAUUUAGAAAUACAUA